CUCUCUCUCUUUCUCUCUCUCCUCUCUCUCUCUCUCUCUCUCUGAAGGGGAAUUUGUAAACCUAUCGGAUUGUUUCAUGCCUGCGCAGAGACGCUGCUGCUGCUGCUGAGAGGAGAUUUUUCCAGCCCAGCUCCGAGGCACAUAACGCGGGGAAUGCAGCGGUAACAUCCCGCAACUAUUUCUUCUUUUUGGAUCUCAGAGGCGUUUGAGAAAGUCAGAAAGCAAAGAAAGCAAAAAAAAGAUUUAGAUCUCUGUGGGCUACCUGCAUGACUGUUACCAUGACAGCAUCUGGAGCCCAGCUCCUCCUGUUGGCCCUGUGUGUUUACAGAGGCUGGGCCCUGCAGCAGUCUGCCCCGCGGAUUCGCCUCUCCUUCAAAGAGCUGAUGGACACGAGGGCAGCACGGCCCUUCAGUUUCUCCUUCAACACCAGCGACUACCGCAUCCUCCUGAUGGACCAGGAUCAGGGCCGGCUGUACCUGGGCAGCCGGGAGUACCUGGUGGCUCUGGACAUGCACAACGUCAACAAGGAGCCGCUCAUAAUCCACUGGCCGGCAUCUGCUAAGAGAAAGGGAGAAUGCCAGAUGACGGGAAAGGGAAGACAGGGCGAGUGUGCCAACUUUGUGCGUCUGAUCGAGCCGUGGAACCGCACCCACCUCUACACCUGUGGAACGGGGGCGUACCAGCCCAUCUGCACAUUCAUCAACAGAGGCUGGAGGGCAGAGGACUACCUGUUUAGGCUGGUCCCUGGGUAUGUGGAUUCAGGGAAGGGAAAGUGUUCCUAUGAUCCCAAACAGGAGAACAUUGCAGUUCUGAUCGAUGGUAACCUAUACGCAGGGGUCCAUAUUGACUUCAUGAGUACAGAUGCAGCUCUGUUUAGGACCAUGGGAGGGAGAACGGCAAUCAGGACGGAGCAGUACGACUCCAGGUGGCUCAACGAGCCCGUGUUUGUUCAGAUCCAGAAGAUCCCUGACAGCGCAGAAAGGAACGACGAUAAGCUUUACUUCUUCUUCCGCGAGAAGAGUCUAGACUCGAGCGGCGGGGCGAGCCCCAGCGUCUUAGCCCGGGUGGGAAGAGUGUGUCUGAAUGAUGAAGGAGGCCAGAAGUCCCUGGUGAACCGCUGGACGACGUUCCUGAAGGCUCGCCUUAUCUGUUCGGUGAUAGGAGAAGAUGGAGUGGAGACACGAUUUGAUGAACUACGGGACGUGUUUAUCCAGCCUACACAGGAUGAACGAAACCCCACGGUGUACGCUCUCUUCACUACAGCGGGCUCUGUGUUCAAGGGCUCAGCAGUCUGCGUGUACUCGAUGGCUGAUAUCCGCAAUGUCUUCAACGGACCGUUCGCCCACAAACAUGGCCACAACUACCAAUGGACAGAGUACACCGGCAAGAUUCCCUACCCACGGCCUGGAUCAUGUCCAGGAGGAACCUUCACUCCUGGUAUCCGCUCCUCCAAGAACUUCUCAGAUGAGACUGUGAAUUUCAUCCGAGCCCAUCCCCUCAUGAUCCACCCAGUUUAUCCAAUCCACCGCCGCCCCCUGGUGGUGAGGACUGGAGUGGACUACCGGUUCACUGCCCUGGUGGUGGAUCAGGUGGACGCUGUGGAUGCACGCUACGAGGUGCUCUUCCUGGGGACUGAUCGGGGCACUGUCCAAAAAGUUAUAGUUUUGCCAAAGGACCCAACCAGCAUGGAGGAACUGACGCUAGAGGAAGUGGAGGUGUUCCGGUCCAGAGCUCCAGUCAAAACAAUGAAGAUAUCCUCUAAAAGACAACAGCUGUACGUGUCAUCAGACGCGGGGCUGACCCAGGUGUCGCUGCACCGCUGCGGCGUGUACGGCAGGGCGUGCUCUGACUGUUGUCUGGCUCGAGACCCCUACUGUGCCUGGGAUGGAGAGAGCUGCUCUGCCUUCACCCCGUCCACCAAGAGGAGGAGCAGAAGACAGGAUGUUAAACAUGGUGACCCACUGAGGCAGUGCAGGGGCUUUAACGCCAAAGUGGAGAAACGUCUGAGGGAAACAGUGCAGUUCGGGGUGGAGGGCAGCAGCACCUUCUUGGAGUGUCAGCCUCGCUCUCCCCAGGCCUCCGUCAAGUGGCUCUUCCAGAGGGAAGGAAAGAGGAAAGUGACUCCUGCUGUUUCGUUCCCUUUUCUGCAGCUCAACCGUGUGGGAGGUAUCCUGAAGACAAACCACGGUAUCCUCCUGAAGUCUCUCAACCAAUCAGACGCGGGGCUCUACCACUGCCUCGCCACGGAGAACAACUUCAAACACACGGUGGCCCGCGUGGCGCUGCGCAUCCUGGACCGAGACAUCGUUUUAGCUCUCACCGCUCAAGAUGAGGACGAAGAGCCAAAAACUCGCCAAGCGGGACAUAACCCGCAGUCGUCCCUCGUCCCCACGCCCUUCCCGCCUGAGAUUAGACUGAUCAACCAGUACUGCCAGUCCUACUGGGAACAACUCAGUCCCAAACAGCAGCAGCAGCGCAAGCGCACCAGCCGCAGGCACACAGAGGGCCAGGACCAAGGCCUCGGCUAGAGGACGGGACGGACGCUGUCCAACACUGGCCUGUGUGGACUAUUAUGGUGGACUUUUAUGUUUGACAUGCAUGUUUGUGUGUCACCUCCAUUCGUUGGGCAGGUGACGCUGUCAUGCUGUCGUUAAAGUUCUAUAUUUGUGGUUUUGCAAGUGUCAGCCUAGAAAAUACAAAUUGUGUAUAUUUUACAUCACCUGUGACCACUUCCCAAAGAACACCGGACAUUUUUAGAUUUUACAUCUUUCAGGCCACAUUUAAAUCAACUUACAGACUUGAAACUUUUUGGUAUGGAAGAUCAUUGGUGCCAGGCGUAAGGAAAAAGUUGAGAAGAGGACAUUUUUUAUUUAUUUUGUAUUUCGGGAACUAAGUUAUUCAGCAUGAAAAAAAACAUAAAAAAUUGCUAAUCGACUAAAGAAAUCUUAGUCAACUGAAACCAAAACGACAGAUUAAUCGACUAAGAGGGGGCAGCCCUGGAUUUUGCAUUUUGAGAAUAAAGUCGAUAUGUUGAGAAUAAACGUCAAACUUUUGAGAAUAAAUCAAACUACAAGCAUGAGCACAUAUACUGAAAUUGUGACUUAAUUCUCGACAUUCUGAACUUCUCGAAAUGCUAGAUUAAAAAAAAUCUUCCUCCUCUCAUUUGUUCCCCUUAUGCCUGGCUCUAAUACUCUUCCGUAUUUCAAGAUUGAUCACCUAUCAAAGGGAUUUUAAAAAUGUUCUCGUUGGUAUGUUCAGGUGCUUGUGGGAAACCCCAGCAUCUGUGACUUGAGAGUCACUGUGGAAGAUCAACGUUUCGACAAUGUAGAGCAAAAAGACCCUGCACACUGUCCACAACAUAACUUGUGAGAGAUUUUCAGCACCUGAUUCUUAAAUUUUGGAUUGUCCUUGAAUGCACCAACAAAGAAGAGUUUUCUGCUUUUUCUGAUGGACCACAUAUUUCACACAAGUUUGUUGGUGUUUUGGAAACUGGUAGACUGUGAUGUAAAGUAUACGCAUCAUGUAGUUAAUAGGCUUCGACGUGCAGAACCACAGGUAUGGUCCUGUCAAGUAUCUUGAAACAGAAAUGUAAUAUAUUGAUUGUGAAUAUAAUAUAUAUGGUCGUUGGAUUACUCUUGUAUUGUAUGAAGAUAUUAUGAUGAUAUGAAUGCACACGUUGCAUGCAUAACUGUUGUUGCUUGUUGCAAGUUGUACAUUUUACCUGGCGUGUCAUGAUGUUUGUAAGGUGUAAAGUAUUCUGUUAAGCUAAUUCCAUUGGAUGUUGUCAUAUAAUGACUCCCGUACUGUCCCGUGCUCUAGUGACCUGCAGUAUGUGGGUGUUGAAGAUAUGUAUAGCAUACAGUGUUCUUCCAGUUAUGCACUUUGUCGGUGGUGGUAUUCGAGGGAAUUUGGGAUCUUUGCACAGAUGUAUGAGAAAAUGAAACUUUUGUUUUUUUUAAUGUACAGUAUGUUAUUAUAAAAAUGGGAAUGGAACUGGCUCAGAUUUAGUAUUGAUUGUUGGUGUUCUGUCAUAUGCUGUAUUUACAGGUUUUUAAAAUGGCUCUUUUUAGUGGAAGCGGUAAGGAACAAGAUUUGUUUUCCGGUCCGAGCCGCCAUUCACCGUCAUUGUGAGUAACACAGUGCUGUCAUGCUGUCGAACCUACACUGGAAAUGUUCGAACAAAUAUAUAAACAUUUCAGAAUUCU